AUGGCUGCAGCGCUGCAAGAACGCCUCCAGACCGAGUCUGCUGAAUUCCAGAAGAUUCAGGCCGAGCUCUCCUCCGUCGUCGAGGCGCGCCAAAAGCUCGAUGCCCAGCUCUCCGAGAACGAGCUCGUGAAGAAGGAGUUCGCGACGCUGACGGCAGACAACACCGUCUACAAGCUCGUCGGGCCCGUGCUCGUGCAGCAGGACCAAGCCGAGGCGCGCCAGAACGUCGAUACCCGCCUCGACUUCAUCAAGAGCGAGAUAAAACGCGUGGAGGGGCAGUUGAAGGAUUUGGGCGAGAAGGGGGAGAAGAAAAAGCUUGAGGUGCGCCGGUAG